ACAUGCGGUUAAUAUACACGCAGCACAUUUCAUUUUUCUCUUCGGUGUCUUGUGGAAAGUUGGAAACUACAAAGCUAGCAACUGUCAUGUCUGGAAUCAAGGCUCGCAAAUGGUUGAACAAGAAACCCUUUCAGGGUCUUCCUAAAAGGGAUGAUUUUGAAAUCGUUGAAGAAGAGCUCCCUGCAAUGAAAGAUGGAGAAUUUAUUGCUGAAGCUCAAUUCUUAACUGUUGAUCCUUACUUAAGGAUUACAGCACUUGGCAUUGUUGUACCUGGAAAACUGAUGCCUGGCAGUCAAGUGGCAAAAGUGAUACAAUCAAAGAGCAAGGACUAUUCAGUUGGUGAUGUUGUUCUUGGUGAAUUUGGUUGGUCGUCUCACAGCAUUUCGGACGGUUCAAAGGUUUUCAAGUUAGACUCAAGCAGCCCAAUACCUCACUCAACUGCACUGGGAGUGCUGGGAAUGCCAGGUGCAACUGCUUACUUUGGUUUACGUGAUAUAUGCCAACCUACCAAAGAAGGACAGACAUUCUUAGUCAAUGCUGCUGCUGGAGCUGUAGGUUCCAUCAUUGGACAGUUAGCAAAGUUAAAAGGAAUGAAAGUUAUCGGUUUUGCCGGCUCUGACGAGAAGAUAGAGUACCUCAAGAGCCUAGGGUUUGAUGUGGCAUACAAUUACAAGACAAUACCUUCACUGGAGGCAGCCAUUAAAGAAUCCUGUCCUAAUGGAGUUGAUGUCUUCUUUGAUAAUGUUGGUGGGAAAUUCCUUGAGACUGUGAUCCCACAGAUGAGUCCUACAGGACGUGUAGCAAUCUGUGGGUCUAUUUCUCAAUAUAACAAUGAAUCUGAAACAAAGAGCGAUUUUAAUAUUCUCGGAUAUAUUCAGAUGAAGCAAUUGAAAGUCCAGGCUUUCCUUGGUUGGAAUUUCAUGGAUGAAUGGCCAGUAGCUUUUAAAGAAAUGGGACAGAUGAUACAAGAUGGUAAACUGAAAUAUCGCGAGACAGUUUUUGAAGGAUUUGACAGCAUGUGUGACGCCUUUGUGUCCCUUUUCAGCAGCAACAACAUUGGAAAGGUUGUUGUGAAAGUUUAGCAAGAAACCCAAUGAUAACUUUAUAAGCUAUAGCAGUAGUAUAGUACAACACACUUUUUAAUUUAGUCAUAGUAAUUAGUAUUUUGCUAAUUGGCACUAUUCAUUGUA